CCAUGGGCAGGAUUAUCUUCUACGAGGAGAGGAACUUCCAGGGUCGGUCCUAUGACUGCAGCAGCGACUGCGCCGACAUCCACAUGCACCUGAACCGCUGCAACUCCUGCAGGGUGGAGAACGGGUGCUUCGUGGCUUACGACCACCCCAACUUCAUGGGUAACCAGGUGUUCUUGAAGAGAGGGGAGUACUCCGACUUCCAGCGCAUAGGGAGCAUGAUGGGCAUGAUGGGAAUGGCCAUGAUGGAUACUGUGCGGUCCUGUCGCAUGAUCCCCAUGCACAGGGGGCAGUUCAGGAUGAAGAUCCACGAGAGGGAGAACUACGGCGGCCAGAUGCACGAGCUGAUGGACGACUGCGAGUCCAUCCAGGAUCGCUACCUGAUGUCCGACUGCCAGUCGUGCAACGUGAUGGACGGCCACUGGCUGAUGUUCGAGCAGCCCAGCUACAAAGGCCGCAUGAUGUACGUGAGGCCGGGAGAGUACAGGAACUUCAGAGAGAUGGGAGCCAGCAACGUGACGAGAAUCAGCUCCAUCAGGCGCAUCACGGACAACUGCUGA